UGCGAAACAUUUCUUAUAGCUCAGCGAUGAAUCCGGAAACCGGUGAGUACUAUAGAGGGCUCGUAGUGUCAGGGCCGGCCCGGGACUUGAAAGCCAGCCCGGCACAUGUUUCCCCCUUUCAAACAAGAGACCGACUUUUGUAUGACGUCGGCUGUUUUCUGGAGAGAUAAACUUCAAUGGGGGUUCACCGGGGAAAGCAUCCGAUAAAGCUGCAAGGUCAAUCACACGUUAGAUUGGAGAAGAGGGUGGCAUCCUUGCGUAUGAGGCUUGUGGGUUUAUAACCGGCGGUGGCAGUGUCUUACUUGGGGGACGUACAGGAUCCGGAGAUUAAUGAGCUGACUUUGAAGUGGCAAAACGAGGAGGAAAAGCUGGUUUGCGUUUUCAUCACUUUCACGUGCCUCUCCUCUCUUUAAAUGAAGAUAGUACUGUUUUGAGGCCGUCGCCGGCGCCGGUUCAUUCUCCGGAACCGGGCCGUAGCUUGCGUAGCUUGCGUAGCUUAAGCCGGUGCAUUCUUGGACAUCAAGUUCCGGCAUAAAAUCAGGAACUUCCCACGAUUUCUCUAGAGAUUUCUGCGACUGGAUUGAUGCUCGUUUUUUCCAUUUGGCUCUAUCGUAAUUGAUACCGGUGAUUGAGUGAAUAUGGAUACAAUAGAGUACCGUCCAACGUCUCCUAUCCGGAAGACACAGAGAAGAACGACAAGAGCGUGAGUGUUACUUUCUGUUCUUUCAAUCCAAAGAUGUGAACUGAUUGGUUCUACGUAGAUGCGAUGAUUGUCGCCGACUCAAGGAGAAAUGUAUCGGCUCCAUGCCCUGCGACAGAUGCAGAUACUUUGGCAGGCCUUGUCAGUUCAGCGAUAGGUUCAGAAGAAGCCGAGUUUCUCGUACGGCAGCACAAGCAAUCAAAGCAUCUGCGGUGGAAGUAACCUCUGAGGAUGUCUCUGUGUACUUUGAGGCGGAACGUAUCCAGGCGCUAGAGCAUAUCGUGAGACAUUACACAGGGCUCGAAGAGUUCAGCAGGGAGAAGCUUGAGAACGUCAUCGCAGAUCUUUCGCCUCUACGUAGUGAAGAGGAAGAUUUGGUAGAUGUGAUUGAGGUUGAGAAUGAUGAUGUGAGUUGUGAUGGGAGGGAUUGCGCGAGUGUAGGUACGGCAUCAACCGCAAACGUAGAGUUCUCUCAUCACGAGUUUUCUCGUCGUGUACAGAAAAAGGUCAAGGAUGAGCUGACCGACUUUGAGUUUGAGGACUCGGGAACAGACACAGCAGUCAGCGACAAAGCAAAUACUUCUCAGCUUCUAUCUCGAGAUGCAGCAGUGCUUGAAGCUGUGUCUUUAUUCCCACCAGCUCCCUCUGCACUGAUCCUCUUGCGAGUAUUCUUUGAGAUUGCCCAAACAAACUAUUUCUAUAUCGACGAGGAGACACUCCGACAACGCCUCGACCAGUUCUACUCUUGUCCUACACGCGUGGGCAGUGAAGAUGCCCCUUGGGUCUCUGUCGCGUUGAUGGUCUUUGCACUCGGAACACAAUUCUCGCAUCUUUGUCAGUCUUCAGUUAGGGGCUCGAAUCGACAGCUCAUGAGAGAUGCCCACGAUAUCUGUCAGAUCAUGGAUGAUACUAUUGCAUCGACAUUUUACCGAAAGGCCACAAACUUGAUCUCUGAUAUUCUAGGUAUGGGCUCCAUCGAAAGCGUGCAGGCCUUUCUCCUUUUCGGCAUAUAUGUCCUUCCUAUUGACCCAGCUGGCUUGUCUUGUACCUAUUUCGGAAUUGCUAUCAAGGUGGCAACACAAUUCAAUCUUCAUCAGAAGACUAUCCGAGAUUUAUCUCCCCGAGAAGUUGAGCUGCGGAAAAGAGUUUGGUGGACUGCUUAUGCUCUCGAACGCCGAAUUUGCAUCUUACACGGACGACCUGUCUCUAUUUCGAGACUAGAUAUUGAUGCUAAUCUACCAAUUGAUUUGGAAGAACUGCAACCCAAGGAAAGGAUCAACACUUUUCAAAAUAACAUGGCCAUGCUCAAGCUAACUAUCUUCAUGGAGGAUGCUCGAGAUGGAAUUCUGGCUUUAAAGAGCAAAGAUAAAGGACAGAAAGUCAAAGCAUUUCAAAACAUUGUCCAGCUCAAGGAGAGGCUUCGCAGUUACUGGCAAAAUCUCUCCGAGGAUACCUUUUGUCGAGACCUGACGCCUGGCAAACCACUAUUCCGAUCUAACAUACACCUAUUCUUAACGUACAACCUGGUUCAUAUCCUGAUUGGUCGAUCGUUUAUCCUGGACGAGCUGAAUAUCAACACCAAGGACACACCGACUGCAGAGUGGACGAAACUAAGAAGCGAACUAGUCAACGACUGUAUCAACAGUGCUGUUACUACUAUUCAUCUCUGUCAGACUUUACACGAUGAGAGCAGUCUUUCAAAAUCAUCUUACACUGAGUUCAGUUCCUGCUGCGCUGCUGUUCUCGCUUUGGUAGCAAAAUGUGUCUCUGACAGGAGCAGCAGUUGCAAGGAUGCCUGCAAGAAAGGGAUGGAAUUACUGCGAGAAAUAUCAACCGGUGUCUUUUCGACAAGCGGUGAAAAACGUACAGUAGAAGGGCUAGAGAUUGCUUUCGACAGACUGAACCACGCAAAGAGACGAGACAGUACUGGGAAGCUCGAUGAAGAUGGAUAUCUCCAGUUUCGAAAUUGGGUUGCCAUGCAGCAGAUUGUUCCUGGAGAAUCUCUGCAGCUGCCUCGACAGGAAAACUCUAUGCUGGACGUCUUUGGAGGGCCUUCGCUUACGUAUCAAUGUUCUGGCAUGGCGGGAGGUUACAAGUCUGGUUGCUCUCUGCCUGCGCGUACGGAAGUGAUUUCUUUGCCAGAUUUGGGAGAUUGGUUUGAUCAUGGGUUUGAGCAGCCGGUGGCUUAAUGAUACAUGACUUACGACUUACGAUAUUGAUUUUCAUUUAGUAUAUACACUACAACUUUACUACAUCACAUUGUUCAAGGUUCUCUCACGGCAGCAAGGUCAUUGCCAGGUAGAAAGACUUGGAUUUGAUUUAGCUUGGUUGUCGCUAGCUAUCCUGGCUUCUGGCUGGACAUUAGAGACUGGCUCAGUACACCAGUCUGCUACUACCCCCCUUAGAGUCACAUUGAUAAGGGUCAAUGACUUUUGCUAAAUUACCACUUCAAUAUUUCUGAGUUGAACAGUGCACAGAUCAAGUACAAGAAAAGGUUAAGAGUUUAAUAAUUUUUCACAAAUGAUCUGUAUUACAUGGUUUAUAUCAAGUUUAGACUCAUUUACUUGCUAGCAAUUUCCUUCUCCAACGCAUCAGCCAUAUCCCCAAGAGUGGCAAACUUCCAAUCAUAUACAGGAUCCUCUGUGUUGCCCAUACUAGCUCCAGGUCUCUCAAUCCAGCUUGAUUUGAUGCCCAUCUGCUUCGCGGGCUGAUGAUCAUGAAACUGGCUCUGCGCAGUCUGCAGCACCUUUUCCUUGGGAAUACCAAACUUAGCCUCCACUUCCCGCAACAUAUACUUGAAGUUGUUCAGGUUAGGUUUGUAACUUCCAACGUCUUGUGCAGUGAUAAUCAGGUCGAAGGGAAUGCCCUGAAGAGGACCUGCAUUGCUGCCGGAGAAGGACUCGCGGUCGACAUUAGACAGAACAACGAGCUUGUAAUGUUUGCCGAGACGACGAAGAGCAUCAACAGUAUCAGGGAAUGCAGGCCAUGAUCCAAUUGAGUCGCCAAAGGCCUUGUUUUGUUCAGAUGUGGGCUUAGAGAAGCCGAGACGCUCUGCAACAUGAGGGUGGAUGGUAGUUAGAAGCUCAGAAUACUUCAUGUCCGGAGUCUUUUUCUGUUGAGCAACCUCAGCCUCAUGGUAGGUCUUCAAGAGAUCUUCUCGAGAGAUUUCGGCAUUGCUGGACUGGAGAAGGGGCUUGAGACCAUUCAGAACGCCAGUCUCCCAGUCAAUGAGAGUGCCGUAGACGUCGAAGGAGAGGAGGCCAAAGUCUGAGAUCUUGCUCAUUUUGAAGGUGAAGGGGUUUUCUUGAUGAUGAUGAUGAUGAUGACUGAAUGAUGCUUGUCUAUCGUCUUCAAACGACAGUAUUUUACUGGUUAUUUAUAGGGAGAGUACGCCCUGUAGUUGACUUGGACAUUGAUGAGAUAAUACACUCGUUUGCCGGUGCCGGUCUAGGGUGACCGAAUUGGGAUGCCGGUCGGCACACCGAAAGUGGGGAAGGAUGUGCCGGUGAAGCCCGGACUGCUUGACGGGAAUAUCCGUUUAUUCCGGUAUUGUCUUGUACAGAAACCGUUAAAGUUGAUCUGGAUAGAUUGAAGCUCUUGGGAGUAGCCCAUGACCUGAACUCUUUACUUAUGGUUAAGAAGAUGUUAACGAGUUACACAAGAAACGCUUGCCGAGAUAUAAUGGCCGGAGUGCAUCCAGUAUAUGCGGUACAGGACCCUAACAAUAUGCGCAUAAUACACUGGUAAUGGCCUAUCGUUAUAUUCUAAGAGUAAACGAACAGUGGCACUUCUUUGAGCAUCACAGGCUUCUGCCUCUCAAGCAGUACGAGGAACAUGGUUUAUGAGGCCUUCAGCGAUGGGACAAUUCAGAGCUCGCGCAAAUGUGAAGCCCGAAGCGCGAAAUACGAGAUUGUUCCAAAUGAGAUGGGAGGCGUGUUUUGUGAAGCUUUGACAAGAAGUUGUCGGUGGAAAACUCAGGCUUCGAGACUUUAGGGCUGAAACGGCAGAAAAUCCAGCGAUCCGGAGUGCGCAUUGAGGCCAUCCAAAAGAGAUGAGCAUCGACCAAAUGCAGACGCCUGUUUAUGUCUAAGACCGAGGCACCAAGCCUAAUUAUUACCGCGUGGCCCACCCAUCGCAAAUGUGAAGGAAUGGAGGCUGAAUGUGUUGGUUUGAGGUUGAUGCAGCCUUACAAGGGAGACCUUGGUAACAGAGAUGCCUCGGCUUCUCGCUGCAGAAAACAUGUUUUGAGGUGGCUCAUCAACUCAGCCAAGUCUAAUAACAGCUCUAUUAUGUCUCAGCUUGAGAAGAUGGAUCACGAAGGGCUGGAUAUGUGAAACCUGUAACGGCGAUGAGGCGUUGAUGACCGAGACAUUCCACAUGGGUUA